AUGCAAGAAACUCUGAAACAAAUAAACAAACACACCUCAAACAACUUCCAGUUGCGUGUCGGUAUUUCUCAUGGGCCUGUAGUCGCCGGAGUGAUUGGCGCCACUAAACCCCAGUAUGAUAUCUGGGGCAUGACUGUGAAUCUUGCUAGCCGAAUGGACAGCACAGGGCUCAGUGGCCGUAUUCAGGUCCCAGAGGGCACAAGCCGUAUCCUGGCUGACCGCGGCUUUGUGCUACAGCUUAGAGGAGAUAUCUACGUCAAAGGGGUUAGCGAACAGCGGGGAGGGGUCCGCACGUACUUUGUUAGCAGCAGGGAACAGAGCUCAAGCUACGCCGAGAGAAGCACCAGCAGAGGGAUCUCUCUCGGGAGGAACACCCUCGCUGCUGUGGUCUUUUCCCUGGUUCAGGCCCGCAAGAAAGAGGAAUUACGAGAGGCCAAUGGAGGCUUUCAUCUUAUGGAGAUCGCAUGAAUUUUGAUUGAAAACUGGACAGGAACCAUAUUUAAUACCUCUUUUAGAGAAUCUUAUGUCUCUUUCAUGAGUCAUUGCCUUCAAGAGAUUUUCCACAUUAUCUGUUAUUUUUUCUGAAUAGUAACAACUUUAUUUUUCUUGUAUGACCAGAUUUCUACUGAUUUUCAAAGUUGCUUAUUAUGGAAGCCCAUUUCCACCACAGAAUUAAAAAAUGGUAAUUUUGACUUCUUUCACAAUUCUGACUCUUUUUGCUAUUAUAAAAAAGUCAGUAUUGCAAGACAUAAACUCAGAAUUGCAGGAUUUAAACACUUAAAUUCUGAGCAGAAAAAUCAGAAUUGUGAGAUAUAAACUUGCA